UGAGCCUAAAGGAUAAACUGAAUUAUCUGAUAAUAUUUUGCUGCUGUGUGUUUGUCUCUGUCCAUGGAAGCGGCAAAGGUCUACAUGCUUCGUGUGAUGUUGCGAUUAUGGUCCGAAGAAACAGCACUUGGAAGACUCCUCCACGACAAAGUCUGACAGUCAGCUGUCCGGUUAUACACUGUGGAGAAACGCUGGAGGUCACCUGGUGUAAACUCUUUGACUCAGUCAACUGUGAACGGAUUCAUGAAACAAAAAAUGUGAAGAUAACACAGAAUCCUGAUAAGGAUAAGCUGAUCUCAUAUUUAAAUUUCAAGGAGAUUUCCAUUCAUGACGAUGGCAUGUACAGAUGUGGUUUACUAGGAUAUAAUGGCAGCGUAAUCAGCCAUUCCAUCAUCAUCUCAGUAUCAGACAUGUACCAGGGGAUUGAAACCCCCGAUAAUAAUGAUAAAAAUGCAGGAACAACACUGAGCCCUGAUCACAAUGAAAACUGGAGACCAUACUUCUACAUUUGUUUUGGCAUAGUGCUUCUUAUUCUCAUACUGACUGCCCUCAUCUUCUUGAGUUCUUGUGACUGGAAACGAGUGCUGACCUUAAACUACGUAAAGGGAGAGGAAAUGCCGACUCUUAUGAUACCAGACCUCCCUAAAUGGAGCCCUCCUUCCACUCCUGUCCCACUGACCAACUUGUCUGUUUUAAAUGACAUCUAUUCAUCAUACACUCCAGAAAGAUCAGUAUCACCAGCUUCCCAGCCCGGUUCGAACCAGAUUUCAGCUUCAAAUCCAGCACUUAAAUAUCAAGACUGUGAAGUAUAUGGUAUCAUCAAACAUAGACACGCUACCAAACAGGGUGGAAAAUAUCACACCAUGACUAACCAAGUUAAAAACCCAGAGUCUUCUUUCACUGCUGAAAGACCAGGAUCACCAGCUCACGAGCCACAUGAGUACCAGAUUUCAGCUUCAAAUCCAGCAGUCAGAAAUGAAGAAUAUGCAACGUAUGCUGUCAUCAACCACGGCAAACCUGCUGGAAAACGGCACACCGAGACUAACCAAGUUAAAAACCCAGAGUAUGCUGUCAUCAAAUUUUCCUGAGUGUUGUUGAUUUUAAAUGGACACUUGCAGAUGAAAAAACUGAAAAAUGUUUUGCAAAAUGUGGUGGAGUCAUGUGAUGAAACGUACAGCUGUACAGCCAUACUGCAGAACAGAUGAAUGGAGGAAGCUUGUGGUUCUCUAAGUGAACUGCAUGUCUUCUAGAGUUAUCGUGACUAAACCGGAAGCAGCAGUGACUUCAUUCUCUAGCCCUCAGGUUUGUUCCCAGCAGCAGCACUUCUUUUUCAACUAAUAAUUUAUUGUACUUUGUAUUGUGCUUCUGAUGUCAUCUGAUUCCAGUCCUUGUAUUGACUUGACUGCAGUAACUGUCGUACUUUCAUAAAAAGGUCAUAAACAGAUUUCUUCUUGACAGACAAAUAACACUUAAAUGCAGUUUUCUGACUGAUUUGUUAUAGAAAGAUGGCAGUCAUUAAAAAAAGACAUGUUAAUCAGCACUAGAGAGAUUUAAGAGAUAUGAACAGUUUCUCAUACCUGUGCCUCAUACAGCGCUUGUUGUUUUUGUCACCACUACUGUCAGAGACAACACCUUGCCUAUUGACCACAGAAGUGUGGUUUAGUUCAAAUGUGCAGGAAGUUAAAGAUGGAAACAUUUCUGACAAUGACAUUUUGUGAACAGGGGACGCUCAGCUUCAACCACAUGUACGCAUUGUUAAUAUUGCACUUUGGGCAAUGGCCUUAUUAUUGGUCCUGUUUUUCACAUAUUCUAUACUUAAACUAAAAGAAAAACAAGAAAGAGUAGUAUUGGUUAGCUUUUAAAAGGUACCAGAAACUACAAGCAACAGAGAAUGGGGGGAUUAGAGGAAAUAUUAAAUAAAGACAACACAGUAGUUGUCAUAGUAGACUCUAUGUUUGUUAACCAUUUGAGGUUGGAAACCUUAAAGAAAUCUCCCCUUGUAAAAUGUUAUGGCCUUUUUGUGGACAUAGACUGUGUGCAAUUCUGUUUAAGGGGGAUUUUCACCCUUAAAAUUUCUCGGAAUCAUUUUAUAAGUGAGUCUGAAGUUAGAGCAUUUUCCUGGAAAAAAGAGGCGUUUAUCAAAAAUAUUAAAACAAUUAUGGUAAAGCUGCAAUUUAACUGUUUAGUAUAAUUUAAAAUGUCAGUAUAAAUGGGUAUUUAAUCCUGGCUCUCUAAUACUUACACUCAGUUUAUCUACAUUAGUAUAUAUGUAUUUGUAUAUAUACAUGUUUGAUUUUUUGUUUUGUUUUUUAAAAUAAAAACAUAGACAAUAGACUACAGACUCUAUAGGUAUGAUUUUUUUUAAUGUUGCAUUCAGUAUAAGUUCAAACCAUUGAUUCUGCCCAUAUGUUUUUACUGAGGCAUAUAUGGUGGGGGGACCAGGGAAAGUUUUUUCAUAUCUAUACGACCAAACAUUUUUUCUUUUUGAAAUCACAGAAGU